AUGGGCCCGCGCCCAGCCUCAUCCGUUUACCCACCGGUACUAGAAUCGAUUCCUAUGCCUAACCACGAGAACUUCCGACCCACAGUUACUUCAGAUCCGGCAAGCCCAAACUCUUACAUCUACAAUGAUCAAGAUUCAGCACAGGACUCUUUCGAGCAAAAUGAUUUAUACGACUCCCCUGAUGGCAACCAAGAAGAACGUUAUGGAGCAUAUGAGAACGGAAAUGAAGCUGAUGACGAGAAGUACGAAAGUGGAGAUAAUAAUACCAUUUGUCCUUCGCCUCAAACUCAAUCGACUAUGUUUGCAGCAUCUUCAAAAGCAUUCCCAGUGGACAGCAUGCACACAGUGAGCCUGGACCGCUUUCCCAGCAAGAAAAAAGAAAGACGUAAAAACAAAGGGUGGAUCAUCGGCGGCGCCGUCCUAGCCAUACUUGUCCUAACCGCACUUAUUCUCUCCGCCCUCGCCUUGAACAAAAACUCGACUGCGCAGAAUCCUGUCACAACGAGCUUUCUGACUCCAACGGCAGACAGUUCAAGCGGAAUCACACAUUCGAGUGACGCGUCAACUAUGACUGAGUCAACAGACAGAAGUGUGACUGCUGCGAGCUCUAGUGACGCGACCAUGAGUUCCGAGAGUUUGACUCAAAGCAGCGAAAGUAUAUUAGAGCCGACAUCCACUGACAACUCUGUGUCUUCUACACCAACAUCAAAUCCCAAUUCCGAGUCUGAUUCUGAUCCUCUUUUCACGACUACCACUAUACAAGCUACCGUCACUAAGACUUCUGAUAAACAGCGAAGAACGUUACACAUCACAAUGGCUAGCCGAUCAGCUUUAGGUCUUGGGAACCCUGGAAAAUACUCAUCCGACCUGGACGAUCAGCGAACAUGGACAGAAGGAUCAGCCCAACCCUCCAUAAAGACUUCCGGUAGUGUGUCCGAGCGACAAGGGCUUCGUCGAUUUCCACACGGGCUCUGGCGAGCCAUGAAAGCUGUCUUCGCAUCUCCUAGGAAAUGCAUGGAUUAUUACAUCAUGCUUUGGACUGUUAUCGGGAGCGUUCUUCUCAUCACACUCAUCGUCAUUCUUGCGAUCUUGUGGAAGAAAGUUUCGCAUUAUCUCGCUUUCCUCAAAGACCCAACGGCCCAGAUUAAGGAAAAGCUCCAGGACCUUCUCAAACAGGGCGGUGAACUGUUCGGAAAAUUGUCGGACAAUAUCACAAAAGACGUCGAGGGUGUAGUGGACGAUUUCAAGAAGCAGGUGACCCAAAUGAAAGAUGAAGUCUCGGACCAGGUAGAAAAGGUCAAGAACAAAGCAGGAGAUGUUAUAGAUGAUGGUAAAGACAAGGCCAAAGGAGUGAAAAGUGCCGCAGGGCAUUUAAUCGGGCAUAACCGUAGAACACAGCUAACUUCUUCGUCGGUGUUUGUGGAAUCAGUCGACAUGAUGACUUCGUCACUCUCGUCUGCAGCGGCGGUGACUAGCAUGCUGUCAACCAUCGCAUCCACUCCUACUCCCACAAGCAUGAUGACUAUUGCAAAUGACAAAGGGAAGGACCCAUUACAUCUGACUCCAUUGGGCUCGACAAGCAGCACGCAUGCCCGUCCCCACGCCCCUGUCAUCUUCUUCCCAAUUUUAUGGCUUUGUAUCAUUGCUCUGGCAUCGGUCUUCGUUAGCGCAGCGGCCAGUGGAACAGAGACUCGUACUGCAAAGGCUGUUGAUAGUCACAUCGCUGAGGGAAAUGAGAUCAACCCAAUAGGAACUACAGCUUUGGCUGGUGAAGAGUCCGAAUCGGCGGUACCAUGCUCUACCACAACCACCACGUCGGUUGGUACUGUCCAGGUCGCUCUCAGGGGCAUCGGUGGUAUCUUGAAAGGUGCUGAAAAGAUUGUGCCUGUUCUACACGGGAGUUCUCAAGAGACAAAAGCGCCAGAGUCCAGUAGAGCCGAGAAAGUUGAAUCAUCCACUAGAGUCGAGACAACUGAAACAUCUACUACUUCCUCCACCUCCUCCCCUUCAAAGAGUGAACCUUCCGCAACACUAUCCCAAAAUGCAGCACCUCGUGGUCUAGGUAUUCCUCUAGUCUUCAACAUUCUGGCUAGAUCUAGCGGAGUACACGCCAAACAUCUUGAGAAACAAAGGGAGCAGAAGAAUAAUCUCUUACUUGAGAGAAGGAGAGGAGGGAGAGGAGGGAAAGGCGCCAGUAGUAAAAAUAAGGCAGAUGGAGCAGAUUGUACAGCCAGUGAGGCGUCGAUACUUUUAGGUUCUAGUUUCGGUGCCGUACCUCUACUCCUUGCUACCUUGAUGGCUCUGGGUGGUGCGUUUAUUUGGUGGGCAUAG